AUGGAUUUCCUUAUAAAAUUCGCACAGGCCCAUGAGACUUUCCGAGUGGCAGAGAUACAAGCUCUUGCUGUGAUUGAAGGUGUCAACUUGGAAAUUCUCGACUACAAUGGCGAUUCUCCCUUCUGCAUUAUACGUCUCCAUUCAUCAAGAGAUGCCAGAAAACUGAUCAGAAGGUCCAUUCUUGCCCAGUCCGCACAUGAACUAUGGGGAACAGGUGCCACACUUGACGCACUACACCAGUCCGUGAAGCAACGGACUAGCAAACGUUGGACAGAGUACAAAUCUGUAUCUUUCAAGUUCGACAUAGAUUCAUACCAGGGAGCACACUCGAACAACGAGAGACUAUCCACCAUCAACACCUUCGACUACCUUCCAUUCGAAGGGCCAAUUCGCAUGUCACAACCUGACGAAACGUUUACAGUGUUCGAACUGUGGCCAUUCAACAGUGUUCCCCUAGGAAUAGAAAAACCCACCAGGAUAUACCUGGGGCGUCUUGUUGGAAAGUCGUCGCGGGAAACUGUCCUAAAAUUCGACCUGAAGAAGCGAAGCUACGUGUCCACUACUAGCAUGGAUUCAGAACUCUCGCUCAUAACUGCAAAUAUUGCCCUGGCGGGGCCUGGAAAACUUUUUUACGACCCUUUUGUUGGCACGGGCUCAUUCCCAAUCGCCUGCGCUUACUUUGGCGCAAUGGGAUGGGGCAGUGAUAUAAAUGGUAGAAGCAUUCGCGGCGAAGGAGGGCCAAAGAGCUUGAAGGGUAACUUCCAGCAGUACGACAUUGAAGCGCGACUAGGGGAUGUUUUCGCUGCUGAUCUCAUAAAUUCGCCAAUCAAGAAAAACAGACAAAUAUGGGACGGGAUAGUCUGUGAUCCGCCGUACGGCGUCAGGGAAGGGUUGAGGGUUCUCGGGCUCAAGGAUCCUGAAAAGACGCCAUGGCUUAUUGAACAGGGCAAACAGAAUGCUGCCUCGCCUGAUUUCGUGCCACCCAAAAAACCAUACAGCUUCUUGGUGAUGCUGGAUGAUAUCCUUGCUUUUGCAGCAGCCACUCUGGUUGACAAUGGGAGAUUAUCGUUCUGGAUGCCCACGGCGAACGAUGAGGACCAAGAAAUACCCGUGCCCACACACCCGUCGCUUGAAGUGGUGGUAAUCUGUGUCCAGAAGUUUAACAAGUGGUCAAGACGACUGAUUACUUAUAGUCGACUUUCAGACGAAAGAAUUUCUGCGGCGGCAGUGGCUGAGUACAAGGCCCGAAAAACAGUCGGUUCAGUCGGCACAACUGUUGACGACCUUAACCCAUUUCGGCGCGGAUAUUUCAGAAAGUUCGAGCCUUGA